CUAAUGGGGACCCUAAUCUCUAAACCCACUCACGAUAAACGACAUGUUUGUAUCGUUAUUUAUCAAGUUUUGGCCCAUAACAUGAUGAAGAUGGGACAAAAACUUCAAUCAGUAAAAAUCUUGGAUCUUGGGAACCGAUAAAUAUGAAACAUGAUAAAAAAGGAUAUGAUAAUGGACAAGGACUCUUGGAAACGCGGCACGCCGUUGGUGUUGCCACACCCUCAUUUCCAUCUACGUGUCCGCCAUUUCCUUCCGCUACAUAAACCAUCCAAUUCAGAAAUGAAUCUCCACAUCACCAUGGCAAACUCCAUCAUCACCUUUUCAUUCGUAAUUUUCGUUUCAACUUUUGUAGCAGCCAACGGAAUUCUAGGAGGAAGGAGUAAGAUAACUGACGUCAACACCAACAAAGAGAUUCAAGACCUCGGCCGCUACUCCGUGGAGGAGUACAACCGUCUACACCGCAGUGGUACGGUUAAAAACGGCGGAGAUCUGACGUUUUAUCGAGUGAUGGAGGCGGAGAAGCAGGUAGUGUCAGGGAUGAAAUACUAUUUGAAGAUCCAAGCGUUUUCAAAAACGAGCGGUGAUCCCAAGGUUUUUGAGGCGGUUGUGGUGGUUAAACCCUGGCUUCGGUCUAAACAGUUGCUGAAGUUCGCUCCGUCGCCAGCGGCAGCGAUUUCACAACUGGUAUGGUGAAAUUUCCGGCUUCCUUUUUCCGUUUUUGUGAGAUGAAUGCUUAAAUAAGCCCAUUUAUCGUGGGUAAGAGAGGCUGGAUUAGGGUUCAAAUAAAGUGGAUGAGUUCAAUUUUGUUUGAAAUAAACUUUGAUUUGAAAGUUGAGUCUAUGCAAA